UAGGUAGCUAGUAGCCACCCAAUUAUCUUAACUUCCUCUAUAAAUACAACCUAUCUUCACUAUUCUUUUCCAUUACUCACACACACAAAUUAGAUUAGGUUUUAUUUUUAACAUGAAGAGGCAAAGAGGUGCAAGUGUGAAUAGUCUUAACAACCUCAAAAACCCUCCCAAUGUUGAAGAUGUGGUAGCAACAAUGGAGAAGAAAAAAGGAAAGAAAGAGGAGGAUGAAGAACAAAAAGUGAGCAUGGUGAUGGAAAAGAAUAAGGAAAUCCUCAAAGAAAUGGGUGAGGAAACAUCAACAAUAACAAGGGAGGGUGUGAAUAGCAAUAAUGUGAUGAGUUGGAAUAAUAGGGAAGAGUACAUGCCAUCAUGGUUAGGAGGUGGUAGUAUUGUGGAUGAACAAAUGUCAUGGGGCUCAACAUGGUUUCCUGGUUGGGACAUGGAUUUCAUGAUGAGUGAAGCUUUCAAUUCUCUCUAUAGUGAUGUUGUUUGGGAUGAUGAUAUUUGGAAUCUCAAAAAUGAAAUUCCAAUUCCAUUACAUGGAAAAAAGUUUGAGCUUGAGUAGAGGAACCAACAAGUACUACAAGUACAACAACAACAACAACAUGUUUUCAUGUUUUUUUCAACUAGCUAAGAAUGAAGUUUCACAA